AUGCGUAUUACCGAUGUGGAAGCGGACAUCGUCCGUAUUCCCUUGAGCACUCGUUUCAGCGGCAGUGUGUAUCAGAUCGAAUCCCGCUGUACUAUCGUUACCCGCGUGCAUACCGAUGAAGGGCUGGUGAGCGAGGUGUAUUCGGGCGACGAACGGACGGGUUACCAUCUGUUGAAGGACCUGGUGGUAGGCCCGAUGAAAGAAGCGGUGGUGGGUGAGGACCCCACAGCCAUCGAGCGGUGCUGGCAGAAGAUGUUUGCGCUGACGCCGCGUAUCGCCGACAAGGCAAUUGCCAUGCGCGCGGUGGCCGCCAUCGACGUGGCGCUGUGGGACAUUACCGGGAAGUCGCUGGGGGUGCCGGUGCGGUCGCUGCUGGGUGGGUAUGCCGACCGCGCCCCGGUGGUGCGGUUUGCGUACUACGUGCAGGGACGCGACACCGAGGACAUGGUGCAGGAUUUGUUGCACCAACGCGAGCGGGGAAUCGGUGGUGUCAAGCUCAAGGUGGGCGGAGUGUCAGUUACCGAUGACCUGCUGCGGGUGCGGGCCAUCCGCGAUGCGCUGGGCGACGAUUUCAUCGUGGUUUGCGACGCCAACCAGGCCUGGACGCUGGACGAAGCGCUGGAGUUUGCAGGGCCGGCUAAGGAGAUGGGCCUGGCCUGGCUGGAGGAACCGUGUCGCUGGCAGGACGCCGACAACGAUAUGCGCCAGGUGCGGCUGCGGACGGGCAUUGCGGUGGCCGCCGGCCAGGGCGAAAGCAGUUCUUGGGGCGCCCAGCGCCUGAUGGAUACCGAGGCGGUGGACAUCCUGAAUGUGGACGCCGCGAUCUGUGGUGGUAUCUCGGAGUGGCGGCGCGUGGCCGGAGCGGCGCAGAUGCGCGGGGUCAGGAUGGCGCACCACGAGGAACCGCAACUCGCAGUGCAGCUGUUGCCGGCUCACGCUCACGGUCUGUUUGUUGAGGUGUUCGAGGAAGAACGCGACCCGGUUUACUACCAGCUCAACAGCGUGCUGCCGGAGUGGGACAACGGUUCCCCACCGGGGUUGCCACGUCGCUAUGAUCCUUACAACGACGAACAGGCUCGCCGGAAGUUCGAUUGA